GUGCAAUCAUGGCUAGUUCCUGAAACUGCAAAUGUUAUCUCAUUGGUGAAAUGGCAGCCGCCACAGACCCCAGUAAGGCGCUUGAUUCAACUCCUGAGAAAACGAAUUUCCAACGUGCAGCACGACUGCUGAUCUGCGGAGGAACGAUGAUACUACGAGAAAUUUUCGACAAGAUACAUCCACCAAAAGACCUCCCCACAAUAUUAAAUGAUCCGGCUAUAAAAAGCCAGCUCGCAGCAGCAAGGAUCACCAAACCACAGUGGGAUUGUCUUUACCCCUCCCCAGGGACGUAUGGCAAAUCAGAAGAUUUCGAUGUGACUCUGCUCUUUAAGUUGCUACGGACAAUAUGCAACCUCCAUCCUACAGCCUCGGGAUGGGACGAUCUACCGGCAAGUACAGACCACAGUUUAGCUGCGGAUUUAGCGAGAAUCAAAUAUUAUCGAAACACCGUGUACGGUCAUGUGAAUCAACGCAUGGAGAUCAGAGAUGAAGAGUUUCAAUUACUCUGGCAAGAAAUCAGAGAGGCUCUAUUGAGAAUUGCUAGAUCAAUUAGCUCAACAAAGGGAACUGAGUGGGAGGAUGCCAUUGAUAAACUUUUGAAUGAUCCUCUCACUGCGGAGGAUGACAGAAAUGUAAAGGAAUUACUACACUGGUAUAGAAACGAUAUAGAAAUAAAGGAAUUAGUGGUAAAGCUCAACUCUUCUAUCCAGGACGUCCAAAAUACAAUAGAGGAGAAAGGAAAAACUUUGGAGACGACUUUUCACGAGGAAGCCCAAGGCAUUAAAAAUCAGCUUGAAGAGGAACUAAAAACUACAAGAAAAGAUGCUCAGUGUGUAAGACAAGAAGUCCAGAACAUCAAAGAUCAGCUUGGAGAUGAAGUAAAAACGACAACUGAAGAAGUACAGUUCUUGAGGCGAGAACUUAGAGAAGAAGCUAAAGAUAUUAAAGAUCAGCUUGGAGGGGAAAUGAAAGCCGCCACUGAAGAGGUACAAUCUCUACGACAAGAGUUUCAAGAGGAAGCUAAAUAUAUCAAAGAUCAGCUGGGGGUUCAGCUUCAAAUGCGGAUUGACUGUAAGACCAUCAAAGAAUCUCCAGUACCUGGAGCCUCAGGUUUGAUGGUGCUAACAUCUGAGGGUUCUGAUAUCGAGAGGAAAACAGUUGUAGGAGUUAAGCAUAAUGAAAUGCCUCCUACUGCAUCAUCGCUUCAACAAGAAAAUGGAAGUACAAGAGGCUCUGAGGCAAUGAGGAUUGGAAGUGAUUGUUUACCUAGUUCUGAGGAGGUUCUGAAUUUCAUCGCACUCAAGUAUUUCAAGGAAGUUGAUGCAUCCAGCCCGCAUGAGCGAAAUGAGUUUCUGCAAUAUCUCAGGGACGUGCGCAAAUUGCUGCUUGUUGACACUCAAAUAGGAAGCAUUAUUAUAACAGUGGAAUGUAGCUCUCUGCAGGUAUUAGACGAACUGUGGGAUGACCAUUGCACGGGCCAUCUCAAUGAGAUGGCACAAAAACAUCUUGUCACAGAGGAAAUUCUAAACAAGUUUGGUCUCGUUGAGGUGCAGUUAUCGACAACGAUUCGAGAAGAGGAAUAUAGAGCCGCUCAAGAGUAUUUCAUGAAAUGCUCAGGUUAG